AUGCUCCUCAUGCUGAUCUCCAUGCCUCCGAUCUACGCUUGCGCCCCUUGCACUCACCCGAAUCCACCUUCUUACGGUCCUCCACACCACGGGGGAGGCGGUGGUGGUGGAGGUGGAGGAGGAGGUGGUGGCGGAGGCGGAGGCGGAGGCGGCCAUCAGGGUGGAGGUGGUGGCAGCGGUGGCGGCGGGAAAGGCCAUAACCCACCAUCGAAGGGACCACAAAUGCCACCGAUUGUCCUGCCCCCGAUAGUAAACCCUCCGGUGAUUCGACCUCCACCCAUCACAAACCCUCCGGUGGUGCUACCACCUCCAUCGGUCACUCCUUCGCCACCUUGCUCGACCACGCAGCCGAGGUGCCCGAUCGACGCGCUGAAGCUAGGCGCGUGCGUGGACGUGCUGGGUGGGCUGGUGCAUAUAGGGUUAGGGGAUCCGGUGGUGAACACUUGCUGCCCGAUCCUGAAAGGGCUGCUGGAGCUGGAAGCCGCGGUUUGUCUGUGCACCACCAUCAGGCUCAAGCUUCUCAACUUGAACAUCUUCAUUCCUCUGGCGCUUCAGGUUCUCGCCACUUGCGGGAUGACUCCCCCACCAGGCUUCGUUUGCCCUCCGCUAUGA